AGUCCAGACGCUCUGUGGAGUCGCGGGAGCUACGGCUGCGGGAGUUACCCUUUAUUCUGUGAUAGUUUGAGCUGUUCUGCGUCUCGCAGGCCCUUCUGAAUUUCCUGGACCUACUCUCGGAACCCUCAACGAGCUAGCAAUAGAUUUAGAUGAAAGGAAGCACCGUCGGAAAGCAAAGGCACGAUUUCACCUUCACUUGAACUGCUUCAUUCGGGACUCUGCAAAUUCCCUGAAGUAGAAGGAAAAAUGACCACAUUCAAAGAGGCAGUGACCUUCAAAGAUGUGGCUGUGGUCUUCACUGAGGAGGAGCUGGGACUGAUGGACCCUGCCCAGAGGAAGCUGUACCGAGAUGUGAUGCUAGAGAACUUCAGGAACCUGCUCUCAGUAGGGAAUCAACCAUUCCACCAAGAUACUUUUCACUUCUUAAGGAAGGAAAUGUUUUGGAUGAUAAAGACAACAAGCCAAAGAGAAGGGAAUUCAGGAGGCAAGAUCCAAAUUGAGAUGGAGACUGUUCCAGAAGCAGGACCACAUGAAGAGUGGUCCUGUCAGCAAAUAUGGGAACAAAUUGCAAGUGACCUAAUCAGGUGUCAAAAUUCCAUAAGGAACAGCUCUCUUUUCUUCAAAGAAAGUGAUGUCCCCUGCCAGAUUGAGGCAGGACUAUCUAUAAGUCAUGUGCAACAGAAACCUUACCAGUGUAAUGAAUGUAAACAGUCCUUCAGUGAUGUUUCUGUCUUUGAUCUUCAUCAACAAUCACACUCAGGAGAGAAAUCUCAUACAUGUGACUGUGGCAUGUUUCAGGCAGGAUUCCAACCUUCCUUCAAACUGCAUCACUCAGGAGUCUGCACAUUCCCCAAAGUAGGAGGAAAAAUGACCACAUUCAAGGAGGCAGUGACCUUCAAGGAUGUGGCUGUGGUCUUCACUGAGGAGGAGCUGGGACUGCUGGACCCUGCCCAGAGGAAGUUGUACCGAGAUGUGAUGCUUGAGAACUUCAGGAACCUGCUCUCAAUGGGGCAUCAACCGUUCCACCGAGAUACUUUCCACUUCCUAAGGGAAGAAAAGUUUUGGAUGAUGGGGACAGCAACCGAAAGAGAAGGGAAUCCAGGAGGCAAGAUCCAAACUGAGUUGGAGUCUGUUCCAGAAGCAGGAGCACAUGAAGAGUGGUCCUGCCAGCAAAUCUGGGAACAAAUUGCAAAAGACUUAACCAGGUCUCAGGAUUCUAUCAUAAAUAACUCUCAGUUCUUUGAAAAUGGUGAUGUCCCCUCCCAGGUUGAAGCAGGACUACCCACAAUUCACACAGGACAAAAACCUUCCCAGGGUGGGAAGUGUAAACAGUCCUUCAGUGAUGUUUCCAUCUUUGAUCUUCCUCAGCAGUUAUACUCAGGAGAGAAGUCUCAUACGUGUGAUGAGUGUGGAAAAAGCAUCUGUUACAUCUCAGCUCUUCAUGUUCAUCAGAGAGUCCACGUGGGAGAGAAGCUCUUUAUGUGUGACGUGUGUGGCAAGGAAUUUAGUCAAAGCUCACAUCUGCAAACUCAUCAGAGAGUCCACACUGGAGAGAAACCAUUCAAAUGUGAGCAAUGUGGUAAAGGUUUCAGUCGUAGAUCAGCACUUAAUGUUCAUCAUAAAUUACACACAGGAGAGAAACCUUACAUUUGUGAGGCAUGUGGGAAGGCCUUCAUUCAUGAUUCCCAGCUUAAGGAACAUAAGAGACUCCAUACUGGGGAGAAACCAUUCAAAUGUGACAUAUGUGGUAAGAGCUUCCAUUUUAGGUCAAGACUUAAGAGCCAUUCCAUGGUUCACACAGGAGAAAAACCGUUUAGGUGUGAUACAUGUGAUAAGAGCUUUCAUCAGAGAUCAGCACUUAAUAGGCAUUGCAUGGUCCACACAGGAGAGAAACCGUACAGAUGUGAGCAGUGUGGAAAAGGCUUCAUCGGUAGGCUAGAUUUUUAUAAGCAUCAGGUGGUCCACACAGGCGAGAAACCAUAUAAUUGUAAAGAAUGUGGGAAGAGCUUCAGAUGGUCCUCGUGCCUUUUGAACCAUCAGCGAGUCCACAGUGGAAAAAAAAUCUUCAAAUGUGAAGAAUGUGGGAAGGGAUUUUAUACAAAUUCACAACUGUCUUCCCAUCAGAGAUCCCACAAUGGCAAAAAGCCGUAUAAAUGUGAGGAGUGUGGGAAGGGCUACGUUACUAAGUUUAAUCUUGACUUGCACCAGAGGGUCCACACGGGAGAGAGACCUUAUAAUUGUAAGGAAUGUGGGAAGAGCUUUAGCCGGGCCUCAAGUAUUUUGAAUCAUAAGAGACUCCACUGCCAGAAAAAACCAUUCAAAUGUGAGGACUGUGGAAAGAGGCUUGUACACAGGACAUACCGUAAAGCCCAGCCGAGAGACUAUAGUGGGGAAAACCCAUCCAAAUGUGAGGAUUGUGGGAAACGCUACAAGAGGCGCUUGAAUCUGGAUAUACUUUUAUCAUUAUUUCUAAAUGAUACAUAAUUAUUCAUAUUUAUGGGGUACAAAGUGAUAUUUUAAUGUGUGCAUAUAAUUUAUAGUGAUCAAAUCAGUGUAAUUGGUAUAUCACCUCAGAUAUUUACCAUUUCUUUGUGUGGGAAAAUUCAAAAUCCAUUUGAGAGGAAUUAGUAGACAGCAAGGAAAGGGUCCCUGGAGAGCCCCCGCCGCACGGGUCAGUGCCUCAUCCCCGUAUAACCUAAAAAGCAGCCUGGGGAAGAAAAUCAAGCUACAGGCACUGAUAAGGGAACUAGCACAAGGGAUUGUGCCUGGAGACAUGCCCAAGGCUGCACAGAUAGAAGAACCUCCAGCCCAUUCCAGCAACAACUCGCACAAACCUCUGGCUCACUCAGUUAAGGGAACAAGACCUGACACAGAAAUGCCUUUGUCCUUUGUAUAAUCAGCAGGCUCCCAGGAAAGUUUCUUCUUUGUGGGCAUGAACACAGUGGGCUUCAGUAGGUUCAGGUUGGCACUUUCUUUUGUGAAAAAGGAAAAGCCCAGCCUCUAUAAAUAAUCACUUCAACUCCUGAUUGGUCCCAGGCCAAGCUGAAUAGCCCUUACGAAUAAUCACUUCAACUCCUGAUUGGUCCCGGGCCAAGCUGAAUAGCCCUUAUGAAUCAUCACUUCAGCUCCUGAUUGGUCCCGGGCCAAGGUCCCAGACCAAGCUGAAUCAUGCUUUCUCCAAGACAGCCCACAGGCUAAGUGCAUUCCUUCCCCUUUCCAGUCCAUAAAAACCCUGGACCCCAGUCUCAUACUGGGCAACUUAUUUGGAUCCCCAUCUCCACUGUGGAGAGCUUUUUUCUUUCACUUAUUAAACUUUUACUCCAAUUU